AUGCUACUUCUUGCAAUUCUAUUCAUUCUUCGUGGCGUAUUCGCCUUUCCCGCGGCUCAGAAUGCCGUUUCGUGUUCUCGUGAUGCUCUUUAUACUUCGCUCUCUCGAGAUGGCGGGGAGUUUUGUUCAAGCAUGAUAAGGCUUCCUUGCGAGGUUUCGUCGACUCCUACACAGUUCACGUCGUAUUCCUCGGCCAAGUUAUCCUCCUAUUGUGCGUGCCUUAUGACGAGCUUCACUUCGUUUGGAACUGCUGCGCCAAGCGCAACGGGCUCUUGGGGUGGUCAAAUAAAUGGCACUCUAUCGUAUACUUCGUGGCGCAACUCUCGUGGGCCGACGACGACACAUGGUGCUACUCAAGCCAGAUCUUCGGAUGGUAGCGGUGGUGAGGCUUCAAAGACUAACGGUGACGACGGCUCGACGGCUACGGAUGGAAGCUCUUUCACCACACAAACUUCCUCGAGUAGCGAUGAAGGAUCUACCGGUCGUGCCUCCAUUGAGCCUUCGAGCAUUUUGGAGUCACCUACUGACCCUAUGACGAGUGGCUCUGCAGCUUCCUCGGAGACUGUAUCAGGUAUUGUCGGUUCUGAUACCGGGUCCAUGACUGAUAAGGUCACUCGUACAUCUCAAGACUCUUCUCAGGAAACUGCAACAUCCGGCCGGUCAGGUAAUAGUGGUGCCAACUCUGGCGAUGGCUCUGCAACGGGAACAACAGCUUCUGGCACGGAUGGCGGCUCUACUGCUUCAUCUCAGACGGCAUCAGCUACGGUUACGGGCGAUGCUUCUUCUACUGACAACAAAGGAAGUGGCGGAAUUGGUGCAACGGCAACUUCUGGGGAUGGUCAGGCUUCCACUGCAUCUACAGGUGGCCAGGCUUCUAGUGGAGGAUCUGCUACCCAGAGCACAUCGAAUGGCUCCGGAAACUCGGGUCAAGGAUCUUCAGGAUCAAAUGCCACUUCAACCAGUAUCAACAACAGUAUAAGCCCCAGCAUCACAUAUUCUGGAUCUACACCAGUAAUAACUUCUGGAGAUGCAUCUACAGCUACAGGUUGGAAUAGCUCAGCAACACCUUCUCCGUGGGGCACUGGGACUAUGGGUUCAUUGUCCUCCACAGCCACAGCCAGCGUUGGAAACCCAGACACAGGAUCUGUAACUGCAAAUGCCACGACAACAGCCACUCUUACUUCUGCUCCCUUCAUCACACCCAGCGGUUUCAACAGCAGCACCAUCAGUCGCAUUGUCAAUGCUACGCAGACAGGCCCCCCUGCUUUACCCGCCGCGAAUUUCACACAGGUAACUCGAACAGGUGCCAUUGUCAAGCCGACUUGUUAUCAGAUGCCGGAGCCACAGGGUGGUUCAACUCGGAGAGCACUGCUCCACAACACAAAACUCCGAGAGGCAAAUGCAACAAUCCCAUUCCCGUAUAUCGAGUCAGUCGAUUUCCAAACGGAUGGCGUCGAUCCUCUCUAUCUCACACUGCGGGAUGCAGCCGAGGGAACUCAUUACAUCGAUGUUUCUAAUCGGAGCUAUAUUGCCAUCGUGGACUCUCUUUACAAUGCCAUGAUUAUCGAUGCUAAUGGCAUCCACUUCUCGACAAAGAAGUGCCAGUAUGAUGUAUCCAUCACAAUUGACUCGAUGUACAAGCAACUUGCUGCGCUCUCCGGACAAGUUUGUUCCACGGGAGAUCAAAAGCGGAAGCGGAUGAGCGACACAGACUUCAAACAAACUCUAUACCUGAGAGAUCAGUGUAACAAUCCGGUCAAGCAGAUCGUAAGGCAGUAUCCGGAGCUCAAGAUUGGGGACACAGACUGUAAUGAUAUUGAGGUUGAUGAGAAUACUGGCCGCUGGCUCUUUGACUGCACUUUCCCUGGCUCGGACUCGGGCACCAUGAGAUGCGAAUGGGCUGUUCGGAACGAUAUCGAAGAGUUUCUCUUUACGGAUCCCUUUGGCGGUGCCUGUCCUGACUUGUCCACCGUCAUCACAACCCUCGAGGCCAAUGGCCAAGACUUUAUCAAUCCAGAGUCUCUUCGAACCGAGCUCUACAACCAGGGCCUCGACGAUGCGCAAAAGGCCGAGGCUAACCUCAUCGUCAUCUACUACGAGCAACUGUGGGAGAUCCUCAAGCAGGCGUUCUCCAAGCUGCGCACCCAACCACCCGGGAAAGCGAGCGCCAUCCAGGAGUACAUCGACGUGUAUAAUCAGUACCGCAACUUCGAGGACGACAUCUGCGAAGAUCUUCAUGCAGGCGACAUGCCGCUGAAGAUGAGCCUCCGCGCAGGCGUGACCACGAUCGAUGCCAUCGCCAGACUCAACUGGGCUCCCGAGAACCCCAAGCCAUUCAACGUGACGAUUCAAGAUCCAGCGAAAAUUGCGUGCUGCAGCCCUGGAAGCGAUGCUAAGAAGAACGAGACCGCGGGGACUUGUGCGUAUCCGUUCAGCGCUCACCUUGGUGAUACGGGAUGUGUCUGUGGUAACACGGCUUCGGGGGCUUCGGUGGCGUUUGAGAUUACGGAGUGUGAGAAUUUUGUGAGUGAUUGCAAGGUUGAUGAGGAUUGUUCCAAGGCUGGACAUCCGACGUAUGUGUGUUUGACUGGGAGUUGUUGUGGAGGAGGUGUUUGUGUUGAUCCUUACGAGUGUGCGCAGAAUGGAAGUGUGCUGGUGAGGCCGGGCCUCUUUUGA